UAGUAAAUUUACUUUUACUAUUUCCUCACAUUUAGCUACGCUCAUCUUUGAUAUUCAGGACGAUAUUAAUGACGAGAGUUGUGAGAGUGUAAGCUUGUUCAAGGCACUGAGGACCGGGAAAACAGGUGUUUGGAGCCGCGAGACUGAAGGAGCACCGCACGCGCCAGGCGCGAGCAAAGACACGCGGCCGUCAGGGGCAGAGCGCGACCCCCGACCCGUAAAAAAAAGCGUCACAGAAGAAAAAAGAGAGUGAGAGAGAGGGGUGAGAGAGGGAGGGAGAGAGAGCAAUAGAGAGUGUGUGCGAGAGACGCGGCCGUCCCAAGAAUGAUGUCCUACAUAAAGCAGCCCCAUUAUGCUGUGAACGGGUUAACACUGUCCGCCUCAGGAAUGGACCUGCUCCACACCGCCGUCGGCUACCCAGCCACUCCGAGGAAGCAGCGUCGGGAGCGCACUACCUUCACACGCACCCAACUGGACAUUCUGGAAGCCCUGUUCACCAAAACACGCUACCCAGACAUAUUUAUGAGAGAAGAGGUAGCUCUGAAAAUCAACCUUCCCGAGUCCAGAGUUCAGGUGUGGUUUAAGAACCGUCGUGCUAAAUGCCGCCAACAGCAACAGCAGACCAGCGGUCAGCCCAAGCCCCGUCCCCCCAAAAAGAAGUCCUCCCCACCCUCUGAGCUGACCUCUGACCCUGGCACCAGCUCCUCGGUGGCGGCUGCCCCCGCCCAGGCGGUGCCCCCUAUUGCCAGCGCAGGCACAGCACCCGUUUCUGUGUGGAGUCCCACCUCUCUAUCCCCCCUUCCCGAUCCAUUGUGUGGCUCCGGCACGCCCUGCGUGCAGCGCCCUGCUCCCUAUCCCAUGAGCUACGGUCAGCCCUCGACCUAUAGCCAGGGCUACAGCUCCUCUCCUUACUUCAGUGGAUUGGAUUGCAGCCCGUACCUCUCUCCCAUGACCACUCAGCUGUCUGCGAGUGGGGGCGCCCUCUCUCCCCUCACCGUGCCCUCCAUGGGCGGCUCGCUCAGCCAGUCACCCUCCCUCUCCUCCCAAGGAUACAGCACCUCCUCACUGGGUUUCAGUUCCGUAGACUGCCUGGAUUACAAGGACCAGCAGGCCUGGAAGCUCAACUUCAGCACCAUGGACUGCCUCGACCAUAAAUUCCAGGUGCUGUAAAAGAGAAAGUGAGGAAGUGAAGAAAAAAAGCAAGAGGGAAGGAGAAUUAAGAGACGAUGCAGGAAGAAUAAAUUAAACAGAACUAUUGCUUGAAAUGCUGGAGACAUUUUGAUGAUGAAACAGGUCUGAUUCAGCAGGAUUCAUGUGAUCUCAGAGGAGAAAAGGGGGGCCCAUUUUGGAACAGGUUAAGACUCUGUAGUCCAGAUCUGCUCUGUGAUUGGCUAAGAGUGAAGGGACUCCUCAAGUCUACUGAUCAGUCAUCAUUAUUAACCAUUUACCUCACA